AUGGCUGAAGGUUCAUCAAGUCAACCAUGGUUCUUAAGGCUAAUGAAUGUAGCAGAUACAGUUAUUUUGUGCAUUCCAGAUGAUGCUGCUUGCAAACUAUGGGGUGUUUAUAAAGGUCCUACCAAUGUUAUGAUACACACUCAAGAUGGCCGAGAGUUUAAUGUUUCUUUAAGCGGUGCUAAAGGAAAGUUAUUCCUCUUCCAUGGUUGGUCCAAUGUUGUAGAACAUUUGAGUCUAACGAAAGGCUGUUUGGUAGUAUUUAAUCCCGUAUCGUCUACUACUUUUAAAUUAACAUCUUAUGUUGAUGGCGUUAGUCGUGGCUCUUUUUGGACGUAUUUGCUACCUCCAUCAUCGCAUUUUUAUGUCAUUCCUGAAAGCAUCCUGCCAAAAGUUUAUGAAUAUUCAUCAAAUGAUGUAAUAUCUACUGUAAUGUUGGGUAACAAAAUUUUUAAUGUUGCCAUUGAAACAUCUGACGGUAAAGUUGGAUUUACCGUUGGUUUUGACGUAAUGAUAUCGAAGUGGUAA